CCAUGAGCUGCUCGGACGUGGCCAUGCAGCAGCCCGGCGCGGCGGCGUGCGGGGCGCCCCGCUAUCUGGCCGCGCCCGCGCAGAAGAAGUUAGCUGUGUACAACAAGAUGCAGGAGUCUCUGGAAGUGAGCCUUCCCAGCAAGCAAGAGGAGGAUGAGAAAGACCAGCCUGCCGAGAUGGAGUACCUCAACUCUCGCUGUGUGCUGUUCACUUACUUCCAGGGGGACAUUGGUGCAGUGGUGGAUGAACACUUCUCCCGAGCUUUGAGCCAAACCAGUAGCUUCAAUUCAGAGACUGCCCUUUCCAAGAGCAAGGCAGGGCUGAAUCCUCUGUGGAGAGAGAGCUCCACGAUUUCAAGCCAAAGGAGCGGAUUCCCCACCUCCUUCUGGACCAGCUCUUACCAGCCUCCUCCUCCCCCCUGCUUGAGCGGCGUGCACCCCGAUUUCCCCGUGACUGCACCAGGCACCUUCCCAGCAGCAGCAGCAGCAGCAGAGCCCGGCAGCUGGCCGGGACACGGCCUGCACCAGACUGCCCCAGCCCCUGCCCCGGCCGCCGCCGAGGCCUGGCCCUACCCCUUAGCGUCUCAGGUGAGCCCCUCGUACGCACACAUGCACGACGUGUACGUGCACCGCCACCACCCUCACCAUGCCCACGUGCACCACCACCACCAUCACCAUCCUCACCACCAUCCCCAGCACCGGGAGCCGCGCUACGGCUCGCUGCUGGUGCCCUCGGUGCGCGCCGCCGCCAGGAUCCCCGCGGCCCAGCCCGACGGCGCCAAGGCCGAGCCCGCCGCUGCCGCCGCCGGCGCUACCUCAGCCUGGGCCGGAGCCUUCCACGGAACCGUGGACAUCGUGCCCAGCUUUGGGUUUGAUACAGGUCUACAGCAUCAGGACAAGAGCAAGGAAGCUGCUUGGUUCUGAGGUGCAGAGAAAUUCAGACCAGCUAGAGCUGGAGUCAGCAGAGCUGGGUGGGUGAUACAGCAGUGGUUGACUCCUUCUGCGUGGAGCAAAGGACACACAUGAAGAUGAAGAGCCAACUGUUCUGGUUUUGCUAUUGAGCCUUUUAUUUGUAAGGCUAUUUAUGGGUCCCACAGAGUUGGAAAAAAACCAGAAACCUAACUUUUCUUUCUUUCCUCAUCUGAGCCUGCUGCAGCUGGGCAACCUAACUCCUUUCUGCUCCUUUAACAGUGUUUCGUUUUGUUCAGCUUGAUAUUUUUAUGAACAGUCUCAAUAGUCAGGAAAAAAGACUCUCCCUUGACUACAGUGCGCCUUCUUUCAGGAAUACAGUAUUUUGUAGCUCUUUGUGCAUCUAUUUUUGUAGAAAUACAGAAAGUUUGGGUAAGGAUCGAUGGGCUAUUUUAGGAUGACAUAUUUUUUUUAAAAAAAUUGUAAAAUUGUUAAGUUCUGUUUAAAGAACUUGCUCUCAGAGAAGCACUGGCAAAAAUGUAUAAAAUGCUAUUUUUAGAUGUCUGUGAUGUGUUUGUGCAUUUUGGUUUUUUUUUUUUUGUUUGUUACCUCAAAUGUCUAUCUUUCUUAUCUUUUUAAAGAGCUAAACUCCUUUGUUUCCACAUUACUAGAUUCUGAUGCUUUUGUCCUUUUUGUUCUAGCUUAAGCAAGUAUAAUUCUCACCUGAAGUUUCAGCCAAAUAUUUUUUUCCUGGUGUUAGAUUGUAGUAAAAGUGGUUCUGUUUUUCUUGCUUCUGCAGGUGGCUUUGUGCUGUGCUGACUGUCAGAAGCUUGCAAACACCUUUAGCAUAGAGCAAAGCUUGAGGUUACAGCAACUGCAUUUCCCACCCAUCCAUUCUUUCAAAAUGGACCAAAUACUCUUAAAUCAGACACGAAUAUGGGCCUCAUCUAUGAUCCACUGAAGCUGUUGAACACAGUUCUCUGUGGGUUAUGGGGCUCAUAAAUAUCAGUAAAAUCUUACAGGCAGGACUUUCAGCUAAGCCAUUUCAAGGUGGUCACUUACAACAUCAAUAUUCAGGGAAAAUGAACAAAAAAAAAAAAUAAAUCCAGGUUUAUAAAAAUGUGUGGCUUGUGGAAACAAAAGGUUGUCACAACAAGGAGAGCACAAGGAGAGCUCCUGUUGCCUUCAGGCUGUGUCUGCCUGGGCUGGGCUGUGCCGUGGGGCUCGCAGGACCCCACUGCAGCCUUGCAUUUCAUACCCAGCUGAGCCUGCAUGCACUGGGGCCACGUGGAGCCACAGCCCCCCUGCUUGGGCAACCCCUGGCCUGGGCCUUGGCUCUGACUGGGUAAUAAAGGCUUUGGUUGGAGCCAAGGUGGGUGCCAUCAAUCCUGAGUGAGGGUGGUGAGGGCGCCGUGCGCCCCAAUGGGUUCAGUCUCUGUGCCCAGCCCUUGGGGACUCCAGCUUAGGAGGGACUGAGGGGGGCCCAGGGUCAGCACCUGCCUUGUUGGGUCCUGGCUGUGCCUUGGAGGUGUUGCCCUUCUGCUCUGUGCACCAGGGUCCCUGUGUAGAGCCUCAUUUCCUAAGGCUCUUACAAAGCAUUAUGUUUAUGUCACUCAGACAUCCCUGUUUGAGAGACACGCUGGCCAACAAGAUACAAACACAUGGCUGAGAUAAGAGUUUAAUUUUAAGGCACUGAGCAUUGUAAAUGUAGUUUGGUCAGGUGGAAACCACAUGGAUCUGUGUGUGAAAGGGGAGGGGGGUGUUGGGAAGUGCCUGCCACUCCGAGGUUCCCUGCACUGCUGCUUCCCUCCAGGCUGUUUGAACUUGAUCCUACGAGGUGUUGAGCAUUCUCCCUUGUCAAGGGAGAGGGCUUGACAUGCUGGCACUGGAGGCAUUAGGAUGAUAUCACAAUUUGGCAAGACCCUUUAGUCUCUACCUUGCUGAUUUGAAGUUUGAGACAGUGUAUAAAUGCUGAAUGGACUAUGCUUAAAUAUUGCUUCAAAGUAAUAAGGUUGUAGUCUCUGUGUUGGGAUGAUGAAUUAAAUGUGGUGGGGUUUUUUUCCUCAUCUUUGUAGUCCAUCAGUAUUUCUUUCUCUCAAUAAAUUUCACUCUCAUGACAGUUCUCUAUAUUAUUGCUGCUCUGGUGGAGCUAGCUCCUCAAUUUGCCAAUAAAUUCAUAAUGUAUGGGAGGGAAUGGAGUACCAGCUGCCACAGUUCACUUUCUUAUAAGGACAGUACAGUUCAGGGAAUAUCUCAAGAAAAAGAGUUCUGACUUAGGAAUGUUGAUAGUAUUAGAAAUACUGGGAGGAAAAAAAAUCUUAAAAAAAUCUUAAGCUUUUUUUUUCUUCUUUUUUUUUUUUUCCUCUUGGACUUGGCAAAAGUGGAAAUUAAAGAAGACAGUGUGUCCUCUUUGAACUUCAGGGAUGGAGAUUCUGGGUGGCAGGGGAUGCAAAAGAAAAGACAGCAUUUCUUUUUGAGGUGUGUUUGACUUCCUGAAAUAGUUUAAAGCCUAACCAGAGCAGUCUGCUCACUGCCUUCCCUUUCACAAGCUCACACAGUGAGGGACCUCCUCUGGUUCCCUAUAGAUGUCAAAGCAGAACAGGACAGGAGCAAAACAAGCCCACAGUCUGCACUGGAAUUUCUUUCUGGAUUGUAUCUCUGAGUUGUUGGUUAGUGGGGAUGAAGAAGUGUUGCCUCUUCCCCUCCAGGACUGCUGUUCUGCCCAGAGUUUCUGCUGCUGAACCUGGGACUGAGCUGGUGGAACUUCUGCAAACUCUGGGUGACAAGUGCCAAUAAAAACCUGCUGUUGUCUGUAGCCAUCCAUGCACCAGUCUGUCAACUCCAAAAAAAAAGUGAAAUAAAUUCUUCUUUUUCCCCUAAGUCACUGAUUGUCCCCUGUGCUAACAAGUGAGAAAGGAAAAACCAAAGUGUGUAGCAGCAGCCCUGCUUCUACAGUUCGAGGGAUGGAAAAGGAAAGAAAAAGUUCUGCAAACUCUGUGUGACAAGUGCCAAUAAAACCCUGCUGUUGUCUGCAGCCAUCCAUGCACCAGUCUGUCAACUUCAAAAGUGAAAGAAUUUUCUUCUUUUCCCCCUCAGUCACUGAUUGUCCCCUGUGCUAACAAGUAAGAAAGGAGAAGCCUAAGUGUGUAGCAGUAGGCAUGCUUCUACAAUUCGAGGGAUGGAAAAGGAAAGAAAAAACCAAACCCACCCUUCCCUGUGACAAAGUUUUGAGUUAAAUUCAGCAGAUUUCCUUCUCUGCCUCUCUGCCCUACACGCACACUCACACACACGCACAGAGGUGCUUAUGAGAAGCAGAUGCUGCCAUGGUUUUGCUCUUGGAAGAGGAGAGGAGCGCUCGCCUGCGGUGGUGGGGGAUUGAUGGCAGCCAGAAGGAGCAGAAAGGUUGAGCCUGCUCGUGUUUCUGCAGAUAGGAAAAAAAAAAAAAAAAAAGGCCCUUGAAAUCAGGUCACAGAUAAGUUGUGUGUCUUAAUGCAUUACCAAAGGAGUUGUUUCAUUCUUUUUAUGUGUGGUGUGUUCUGAUGCUGUCCCAAGAAAGUGGAUGAUUCAUUUUGAGAGGGCUUAUAAAACAUGUUGUACUCUGUCACUGUUUCUGGGAGAACAUAGGGAAAUUAUUGUUUUAUUUCAAGAAACUCAAAAUACUGACCUCCUUAAAGUUGUCCAGGAUUUUAUUUUAUUCCUGUUAAUGUUGAGAAAUCUGACAUCAACUUUUAUGUCUCCAUUUGAAGACUGGAAGGGUUCAAGUUGUCCACCAGUUUGUCAGAGGCAGCUGCCAGUUUUUUCCAAUGGCCCAUUUCCAUCCCAACAAGAAGAUGGAAUAGUGUAGCCCAGGAGAUUGGAAUUUUGGAAUUUCUGGAGAGCUGAAUAAGCUGCACUUGGCAAUAGUAAAAUGGACUCUGUUCUGAUUCCUUCCCUCACUAGCCACACAAGUUCAGGUGUCCUCAGUGAAUGACAGCUUUGUCUCAAUCAUCCACACCUGCAUCAAAACAUUUGGAGAUCAGAUCUCUCAUCACAGCAUGCACAGGGGAAAGGGAACGUCACAUUUCCUCCAGCCUGCCCUUAGGAUUGCCUUGCCUCACCCAGCCUUUCUGCUUCCAGGCUGUUACAUGUCUUGCUGUCCCUCUCCCAAAAUUCCUCAUGUGUAUGGAUAUAUUUCUUUACAAAUAUAUCUAUGCACAUUCACAUGUAGCCAUACCUGGUUCCCUUUGUUCCACUCUUGUGCCUCCGAAUGCAUGUCCUUUGGAAAUGAAGUGAAUGACUUUGUCAAAUCUCAUCUGAGAUGGAAAAUGUAGGCAUUUUAUUGCAUCUUAUUCUCUGUUAACUCAGGAGUGAAUUUUUUCCCUACUUGUUAAAAAACCCGAACACAACAAAACACAUAAAAAAAGCCCUUUCAAAUCACCUGAUUUGUAUCUAAAAAGAUGAUAAUGAAAUCAGCAGUUAUGUGGAGAGGUGCAAUAUAUUGUUUCUGCAGACAAGCCUAUGUCUGAAUAUGAUUAUUUUAAUUAAUUUCAGGUACAAGCUUUUGCUCCAUAUCAAUGGACCGGCAACAUAUAUAUUUCCUUAUAAACAAUUUAGAAAUACAUAUAUUUUUCAAGUGGAAUUCUUUAGUAUGGCAGCCUCUGAGCUUCUAAAGGGUAUUUGGAUGAUAAAUAUUGUUUGUGUGUGGGUUUUUAAAAAAAGUUGAUGCAUGUUGUUUGGAACUAAAAUCUCAUGUAAAGUGGGAAAGUAUUUAAAAAUAAAUUCUGCUUUUACAAAUUAGCCCUAUGGGCACCAUCUGAGAGUUGUGGUGCAGGAAGAUUCCCCUUUAAAAAUUGAGGUUGUCUUGCUUGAGCAAGUUCAAAAUCCAGGAGAGGUGGGAGUGGUCUUGGAAAGGAGCUGGUGGAGCUGAGAAGAUCCUCUCCAGAACUGUAGGUACAUGGUUGGGCAGUCGCUGCUCAGUACACUAAGUUUAGGCUGUGAUAGCAGGUUUAUACUUAUGGGAUGGAAUGGUUGCCAAGGGGAAAUGUAGAUGUCCCUGGAAAACCAUGUUUUAGCCCUUUUAGCCAUGUUUUAGCUGCCCUUGGUCUGCUCAGUGCCUGUGACCCUCUCCCAGUUCUUACUCUGCAAUCUCUAUGCCACCCUGUGAGACCUCUGAAAUCUGGACUGGAAUUCCCUGGGAAAUGCACGGUUUUUUUGUUGUUGUUUUUCUUUUUUUUUUUAACUCCCAAUAAAGAAAAUUUAGUUAUGGGGGUCAUUAAAACACUCCAGUUAUUUCAUGCACCUGCUGAGAGGCUCAGGCCUCCAAUAUAAAUCAGCUGUGCCCUGUGGCUGUUUGCCUGCAGGAGCCUGGGUGCUGUUUCCUCCCCUCAGUGAAACCUCCAGUGGCAUUGGGAUGGUUGGGACCAGCCUUGGAUGCCUGAAUUUCCGUCCUGUGGUGGCCAGGGCUGGUCCAGCCUUGAUUCAGGUGAGCUGGGGCUCAGGAAUUUGGUGCUAUAGGCAAGCAGUGUUUGUAGGAGUUUGAGGUUUACAGUAAUGAGUGAAGGAUCUGCAGAACUGUGCUGCACUUUCCCUGCUGGCUCUUUGGAGCUGUUGUUUAAAACCAUCAGUCAAAUCAGGGUUCCUCUUCCCCCCCCACCUGUUUUCCCACCUUGUUUCCCUCAAAAAUCCAUUAGAAUUUUUUCCCCUCUCAUCAAAACUGAUGGGGGGGUUUGUGGGGAGGCUUUGUAUAAAGAAAAGGGUCACUGUUUAUUACUGAAUAAAUAAUUUAAUGUGAA